AUGAAAGUUAAUAAAUAUCUUUCCCCUUUAGUAGUAUUAGCCUUGUAUUCCGCUGUAGUUUGUGACUCGUCAGAUUCGACUAUAAAUAAUAACAACAUUGAUAUACCAAAUGAUAAAAACGACAUAAACAAUAUCGAUUCAAACGACAUAAAUAAAAUCGAUUCAAAUAAUGAUUUACCAAAUGAAAAUAUAAAUAACGAAUCUGAUGAUGAAAAUAAUGAAUGUGAAUGUUGUGAUAAAAAAGAUUGUGACCAUUCUAACUCAGAAAAAGAUUGCUCAUCUAAUGAUGAACAAAAUGAAAACUUAACAGAUAAUAAUGACGAAAAUGAAUUAAAUGAUGAUACAGAAAAUGAUGAUAUGAAUGAUACAGAUAAUGCAGUUAUAAAUAUAUUAAGCCCAAAUUAUACAAACGAUUUUUAUAAUGCUGUUAUUGCAAAUUUAAAUGAAAAUGAUAAAAAUGGAAAUUAUAAAAAUAAAUAUGAAGAUUUUAAAAAUAAAUAUGAUAAUGUUAUAGCUAUUGAUGAAAAAGAAUUUGAAAUAUUUUCAAAAUUAGUUGAAGUAUUUAUGAAAAAUCAUCAAGAUUUUAGUUUUAAUUCAAACUUUUUAUAUGAACUACUUACAAAAGCACUUUCUGAUCAAGGUUUUAAAACUGAGUUUAAAGAAUUCAUGAAUAACAUGUAUAAUUUUGUUAAAAAAAAACAAGAAGGAAAACCUAUGACUGAAAAUGAUAAAAUAUACAUGACACUAUUUGAAAAUGUUUUAUCCUUACUUAAUUCUAUGUAA